AUGCGAAAUGUGAGUAGGAUGGCGUCUAGUUUCAGAGAUGUACAGUCGAAGCUAGAAUCUCUUGGCAAUCUUGAUUUCGAGAGUCUAAAAGAAAAAGCUAUUUCCUUGAUGAAACAAAACCAGCAAUUAGAAAAUAUCAUCUCAAAACUCCGGGAACCAGGUGUUGAAAAACCAAAAGCUGACCAUCUCUUUAACUUCGACAGGUACAAAAAGCGACAUAUCGCACUGAAGUUUUCCUAUUUGGGAUGGGGUUAUGGUGGCUUAGUUCCUCAAGGUUGUUACAGCCUAACAGUUAUGGAUCGCAUUUUCGAGGCUUUAGAAAGGUGCAGACUAGUAGAGGAUAGGAAUAACUGUAACUUUUCGGUAUGUGGAAGAACUGAUAGAGGAGUUAGUGGAUUAGGUCAGGUAGUCUCACUCAUCUCACGAUCACUGCUAGCCUCGGGUGUCGGGGUUGUCGAUGAUUCUGGUCGCUGUAUAUCUGAACGUCAUGAUGUUCCUGAUAAAGAAAUGGAUUUUGUAUCAAUGCUUAACAAAAAUUUACCACAUGACAUAAGAAUUUUAGCAUGGUCCCCUGUUUCGUAUGAGUUUAACGCAAGAUUUAGUUGUACUAGAAGGUCCUACGAAUAUUUUUUUCCUGAAAGCGGUCUAAAUAUCAAGUCAAUGGUUGAUGCAGGCAGUCGGUUGGUUGGAGUUCAUGAUUUCCGGAACUUUUGCGCUUCACGAAUCGAUAAAGACACCGUAACUUUUAUGCGUGAGAUAUUCGAAGUAACGAUAAAUUUUGUAGAGAGUUCCGAGGAAUAUUCUAACAACCAUUCCGGAUUAUGUUGUGUCAGUAUAUCAGCCUCAGGAUUUCUUUAUCACCAAAUACGUUAUAUUGUAUCUAUCUUGUUUAUGGUGGGAAGGGGUUAUGAAAGUCCAUCAGUUGUUGAUGACUUAUUGGAUUUGAAUAAAACUCCAGCCAAACCACAGUACCAACUUGCAGCUGAUUUCCCACUAUUAUUCAUUACCGGUGAUUAUCCAGAGUCUUUAUUGAGCUGGGAAACAAGUGAAGCUGCUCAACUGGAUUUAGUUAAACACUAUCAAAAAUUGUGGUCUGAAUAUGGAAUCAGAUCAGCUAUUGUCAAGAGAAUAUUAAACUAUGUUGAAGGUUCCAUCCAAAACAGCUCAUCGCUGAACUAUCAUUUAGACAAAAUAGUUUCAGAAGCUCGAUUUCGUGACUCGCUGCAUCCUUCUAAUAAGAAAAAUGCAAUUAAGAAGCUAUGUACUAGACAGAUGGAACCUACUCUGGAUGAAAAAAUAGAGAAAAUACAUAAGAAAAGGAAGAUGAAUUCUUGCCACUCAGAAAAUUUGGUGGAAGGUGAAAAGAUUACAUGA